AUGUUGUUGUUGUUUCAAUCCGGCGAUGUCAAUUUUGGUGCAAUAGAUCUUAAAGAAUUUAUUUUGUUCCUUCAAAAGUUGAUUAAACGUAGUCAUGAUAAUGUAUAUUACUACACUAGAAAUGAAUCAUUGGAAGAGGGUAUUAGGAGAGUUAGGAAUGAUGAUGACUACUUUGAGUGUAUUGAAAUUAGUUAUAGUGCUGAAGAUGGUUUAAGAAUGAGUGUGUAUAUUAACCACGAAAAUGAACCUAUACUUGAUUGGGUUGAUAUGGAAGUAGUAGAAGAUGAUGAAGGGCAUGAUUAUGAGGAAGAAAAGGAUGGUGACAAUGAUUCACGACUUUAUGAUGAUAUGCUCUAUGAUUAUGAAGCAGAUGACAAGGCUCCUUCUCUUGACAUGACUGUUGGUGAUGACGUUUUGCACAAGGUAUCAGGUAUUUGUAGGGAUACAGAUGAUGAGGUUGAUACCAACAAUGGGGAUGAGAAACCAGUGUUCCUUGUUCAUAAUGAGAACCAGAAAUGGGACAAAAUGGUGCCAAUAUUAGAAUGUACAGAAGAGGUUCCUGAGGUUCAAGAAGAGGUUCAAUUAGAAGAUCAUGUUGAAAGAGUUCAAGUGUAA